CAUUGACCAUGGUUGUCAUGACAACGAGUAUGAAACUUUUUGAAACUAUGUGACACUGUCUACUUUAAAAAUCUAUCAUUUAUUUCUUGUUCCUAUGUGGCUUGAGAGAAACGCUAAGAACGAAGUAUUGUUCACAAUUUUCGAUCAGUUUAGUCUCAGUUUCUUUUAAGUAACUCAAAGAACAAUUUGCUAAAGAAGAAUAUUCACCAGAUUAAUCAUGGUAAUUGUAUGAAUGACAAAUUAACACAGAAGCAAAAAGCAUUUGACUCAAAUAAGAAGAUAAUGCAAAACAGGAGACAGAGACAUAGGUCAUGUACCCCAGGAAAAUUAUCCACAAAUUUUCAAUUUCAGAAAUCUAACGAAGUUUGUUCACUAAAACAUCUAAACCAGAUUCGUGGAUUAACGGACGGUCCAGAUGACUGCAAACAACGAUCUAUGAGUAAUUUUUCUCAACAACUCUCAACUCAACAACUCAGUAAAUCAAAUAGAUCAAAAAGCAUCGCAUCGAUCAAUACACGUAAAACCGGAUUCUUAAGUAAUGAGGAAGAUAGAGCACUAUUCGCGAAGCAAAGAUCUAUAAUAUAUCAGUUAAAUGAAAUUAUGAGAAAAUCAGAAAUAGCCAAUUACGAAGCUUUCAUGAACUUAAACCAUACAAAUUGAUUAUGCUAAUAGGAAAGGAUGAAUAUAUGCAGCAUUAACACAGA